AUGGCAGCCAUCCCCUCCACUGUCUCACUCGCGGCCACCCACAACUACCUGUGCUGCCUGGGUUCCACUUCCAGUAACAGCUCCUGCGGAAGUGCCGAGUGCCCUGGAAAAGCCGUCUCCCACCGCCCUGCUUCUUUUUUGGGAAGUCCACUCUCCCUUUCAUGGCCACAGUGUUGGAGUCCCCAGAGCACUCGGAAUCUCCCCAGGCCUCCAGCAGCGUGA